AUGAAGACAAAGCUGACCUCAGUAACCUACCUCGGUUACACGGCCAUGGACAGGCGGUUUUCCAACUCUAUGCUGCCGUGGCUCCUGCGAGAGAUACGAGCUACUGGUAUCAGAGAUAAGUUAAGCAUAGCGGUGGAAGACGGUUGCCUUAAGGCAUACAAUGGGAACUUUGAACCGGUGAUAAUACACAGAUUAGUGGAUAUACUCAGGGCCAGUCAGGUGCCGGGACGGCCUGAGGAGUUGUUUUACAUAUUCCUCAAUGAGAAGGAGGGCUUGCUGCAGUGUUAUCUGUUUAGAGCGAACACCGUAGUAGAGGUAAGUGGCUAA